GAAGCUUCUUCAACCUCGUCAUUUCCAGAUCCCCUUCAACAUACCCAUUUCCAGGACCUUCUUAGACCACUUGAAAACUCUCAUUGAUCACCUUGCAUUCAAAGGCCCAAACCCGAGGGGAGCGAAGAUGCUGGCAGUGUUCGACAAAUCGGUUGCCAAGAGUCCUGAGGGCCUGAACUGCCCCCAUGCGGAAUCUGUUUCUGCAUUGAAGGAUGGGACCCUGGUUCAUCAUUUCUCCUCUGCUCAUCCAGGUUCCAUCGCCAUUAAUUUCGGAACUGCAGGUUCCAUGGCUUACUACACUGGUGAACAAAAUCCUUUCCUCCCAAGACUAUUUGCUGUUAUAGACGACAUCUUCUGUACGUUUCAAGGAAAUAUUGAGAACAUUGCUCUUCUGAAACAACAAUACGGAUUGAACAAGACAGCAAAUGAAGUCAUCAUUGUAAUAGAAGCCUACAGGACCCUCAGAGACAGAGGUCCUUUUCCUGCAGACCAGGUCGUGAAAGAUCUCAAUGGGAAGUUCGCUUUUAUCCUCUAUGACAGUUCCUCGAAACAAACUUUCGUUGCUGCGGAUGUUGAUGGGAGCGUUCCCUUCUUCUGGGGGACCGAUUAUGAUGACAAUCUAGUUCUGUCAGAUGAUGAAGAGACCAUGAAAAAAGGUUGUGGGAAAUCUUUUGCACCAUUUCCCAAAGGGUGCUUCUUCACGUCGUCUGGAGGGUUGAGGAGUUACGAGCACCCUCUGAAUGAGAUGAAGGCAAUGCCAAGAAUUGACAGUUCUGGCCAGGUCUGUGGUGCGACUUUCAAAGUUGAUGCUGAGACUAAGAAGGAAAGCAACAUGCCAAGGGUUGGAAGUGCCGCAAAUUGGUCUGAACAGUACUGACCUCACUAUUUACUGAAUUACUCCAUUUCAGUUCUACUUUGCUUUUGUUUAGCUUCCUGGCAAUAAUCUGUCGGUAUCAUGGUGACAUUAAUGGCAUGGCCGAGGUUUCUGCCACAUCUCUUGUGAUACAUUGUAUUCCUCUCCGAGGAAUUGAAAGGAACCAUGCAUCUUUUCUAGUCUAAUGUAUCACAAUGUUGAGUAGUUCUUCAGUUUAAACCGCACUUGGGGCUACUUCGGUUCAGGUGUUAUUACCGGGAAAUCAUGCUUGUGGUAAUUAUUAAGCAUUUUGAAUAUCAAAUUUUCCAUCAAUUGUUGACUUUUUGUUUUUUCAGUAGUGAAGCAAUCGGGGUGUAAG